AAUAUUCUGUGAUGCAUACCCGGAGACACCCCGCUCAGAUGCUUUUCAAGCAACGAAAUCGGAAUAUAGAAUUUUCAUUGACCAAUUCGAACCAGGCAUCAGAAACUCAUACGUAUCUCUUAAAACCCCCCUCGAAACUGUCUCGUCGAAAACCUGAAUGGUCGUGAAUGUUGAGCAUAAAUUCGUGAAAUAAAUCUGAUCAACACUUGUUUAUAAUGUCUUUGCACGCCUUGAUACACCACGAACUAACACCGGGCACUAGCUCCCUCGCAGGGCCGUCCGCAAUUAGUCCAGAGAAUGUAAUUUCUAGGGUAUCAGAAGAGAAGGUCGAUCGUACAAUUUAUAAUGUCGAGCUUCAGACACCUCAGCCUCCGAUACCAUCGCCCGAAGAGAUCCAAAGAGUAUUCGAUGUUGCUCCAUUGAAUGUUACCAACAAACGCCGCCGGCUAGCCAUCACGACACUUAUCGUUGCUUGUAACCUCAUGCAAAUGAUUUGCAACAUGAUGGGUGUAGCCGGGGGAUUGAUAGUCAGCAAGCGACUCGGCGUCUCUGGUGUCCAUGCUAACUGGGUUGGCGCAUCUUACCCUCUUACGCAAGGAACCUUCGUUCUCAUCAGCGGCCGCUUCGGUGCCGUGUACGGACAUAAAAAUAUGCUGCUUGUAGGGAGUCUCAUCCUCAUCGUAUUUACAUUAGUAUGCGGAUUCAGCAACAAUUUCGUAGCCUUCAACGUCAUGCGUGCGAUGUCCGGCAUUGGAGGCGCUUUCAUUAUGCCGAACGCCGUCGCCAUGAUCGGGAUUACCAAUCCGCCCGGCUUCGCAAGGAACCUAAGCUUAGCCUUCUUCGGCGCGUCUGCCCCUAUAGGCGGCUGGUUAGGUGCCCUCGUCACUGGAGGGUUUCUCGAGAGCACGCCCUUCGCUUGGCUGUUCGUAUUCAUUGCAACUAUGAGCUUGAUAGUCACGGUAGCAUUGUGGGCGCUUCUCCCGCGCGAAGUGCCAGUAGACCCCAAAGGGAAGAUUGACUGGAUCGGCUCUUUUCUUGCCCUCGGCGGUUUGAUCGUCUUCAACGUCGUAUGGAAUCAAGCGCCUGCCGUUGGAUGGUCGAGCCCUAUGGUCAUAGCCACACUUAUCGUCUCCGUCUCUCUGUUCGUCGGAUAUUACAUCUGGGAACACUAUUUCGCAUCGGAUCCAAUCAUGCCACUAAGCAUCUUCAAAGCUCCGUCCUUUACGCCGUUGAUAUUUGUAGUGUUAUUAAACUUUAUGGCUGCGGGUAGCUUGUUCUGGUAUACCGUCCUCUGGCUACAGGAGAUUCGUCAUUGGACGCCGAUGCAAUUCGCGGUAGGUUGGACACCCUUCGGUCUCGGUGGUGCUGCAGCUACGUUUCUUGCUGCCUAUUUGAUCCCGCGGGUACCGGCACAAUGGAUCUUGGCUAUGGGCUCCUCUUGUAUGUUGGUCGCUAGCAUUCUCAUUGCCACAAUGCCGGAGCAACAAACCUAUUGGUCCCAAGUUUUCCCGAGCACUAUUAUGUCCGCCUUGUCGCCCGACUUGACCUAUACCGCUGCUCAAAUUAUUGCCAGCAACUCGGUCAGUCGGAAGCAACAAGGCGUCGCGGGGUCUCUGAUAGGAUCUUUGCUUCUGUAUGGCACCAGUCUCGGUCUCGGGUUCGCAUCGACCGUCGAGGCAGAGGUGGGCAAGGGUCGUGACAAGGUGGUAGGGUAUCGAGGAGCAUUGUAUUUCACCGUAGCCCUCUGCGCCGCUUCGCUUAUCCUAGAUAUAUGCUUUGUAAGAUUAGUCCAGGACAACCGCGAAGGUUGGGAGGAUCCAGCGGACGCAGAUCCAGCUGAUGAGGUCAUAGCGCCAGUGGCAACGGGAACGGAGCUGCGAGAAUUGCAGCCACAUCUAGAACAGCGCUGAAAUGGGCGUCGAGCCACCCCCUGAAUUGAGAGACAAGCCAAAAUUCUUUUUUGUUAUUUACAAUUUUACAUAGGAAGAUGUCAGAUUGUAUUCUAUAACCUCGAUAACUACACUAUUUUACCUACUCCAUAGUCAUUUUUAUUUCGUCUCGUCGACGAUAAUGAAUUUCUUAACACCGCUAACUCAGCGAGCUGUACCACAUGCAGAUGUCCGCGAUGGCGUCACAAAUGAGC